AUGGCGUCGGAGCUGACGUAUAGGGGUCACGAUGGGUCCCCGAGCAGGGAAGAGGGCGGCACGUACACGGCGAAGGCCCAGAAGGGUUGGCUGCUCUCCGCCAGCUACACCCGUCGAGUAGGGUUACUGCUCCAGGACCAGCGCUUCCUCUGCGUGCUCCUCGGCAUUGCCCUCGCCUCCACUGUCUUCCUGGCGGCGCCGCUGUUCUCGCCGUCGUCCACUUCCACCGUCGGGACGGUCCACCUCCCGCGCCGGCCGGCGUACGGGAGGUGGGAUCCGCUGGUCGACGGCGGUGGCGGCGCGCUGGACGGCCGACUAGCCGGAGGACUUGUGGCGGGGGCGACCGGGGGGAAGAUUCCGCUGGGGCUGAGGAGGAAGACGAUGAGGAUCCUGGUGACGGGAGGCGCCGGAUUCGUGGGGUCUCACCUGGUUGACCAGCUGAUCGGGAGUGGGCACAGCGUGAUCGUCGUGGACAACUUCUUCACCGGGAGGAAGGAGAACCUGGCGCAGCACUUCGGGAAUCCCCGGUUCGAGCUGAUCCGCCACGACGUGGUGGAGCCGCUACUCCUGGAGGUCGACCAGAUCUACCAUCUGGCCUGCCCCGCCUCUCCCGUUCACUACAAAUUCAACCCAAUCAAGACCAUCAUAUCCUUUCAAUCUCCAUGAGGAUUCUUCUUCCUCUCCCGCUUUUUGUUUCUAUGAUCUUGACCCGGGCAGGAAGUAAGGAGAGGGUGUUUUCUUUCUGGGUUUUUCAUCGGCGGCGUCCUUCCUUGACCUCUACUCCGGCGACGGCGGCGGUGGCGGCGCACAAGACCAACGUCGUGGGGACUCUCAACAUGCUGGGUCUGGCCAAGCGGGUGGGGGCGCGCUUCCUGUUGACCAGCACCAGCGAGGUCUACGGCGACCCCCUGCAGCACCCGCAGGUGGAGACGUACUGGGGCAACGUCAACCCCAUCGGUGAAACCCUAAAUCACUCUGCUUCCUCCUCUGUCCUCUCCCGCCGUCAGUUACGCACUCACUCCCUCCUCGUCGUCUUCCUCCCCGUCUUCCGAACCAGGGGUGAGGAGCUGUUACGACGAGGGCAAGCGCACGGCGGAGACGUUGACCAUGGAUUACCACCGCGCGGCUGCGUUGGAGGUCAGUGCUAUGAAAAGAAACCUAGCCCAGUCUUCCUUUCUUCCGGUCGCCACCGGGAUCGAUCUGAUCUUCCUCUGAGCAGGUGAGGAUCGCCCGCAUUUUCAACACCUACGGCCCUCGGAUGUGCAUCGACGACGGCCGAGUCGUCAGUAAUUUCGUCGCUCAGGUCUCUCCCUCUUUCUCCCUCUCGCUAGCUAGAUACAUACAUAUAUGUUGGACUUGGUUUCUCAUCCUUUUGUUGGGACAGGCGCUGAGGAAGGAGCCCCUCACCGUCUACGGCGACGGGAAACAGACCAGAAGCUUUCAAUACGUCUCUGACCUGGUAAACCAGACCCUUCAAAUGGGAAACUUUUAUCACCCGUUUCCCCUCUUCUGGUGCCAUCUGACGGGAAGAAGGCGCUCAGGUGCAAGGGCUGAUCAAGCUGAUGGAAGGAGAGCACGUGGGGCCAUUCAACCUGGGCAACCCCGGCGAAUUCACCAUGUUAGAGCUCGCCCAGGUGAGCGGCGCCCGCGCCCCUCCCCCCCGCCCCCCCCAAUAGAUCCCCGCCGCCGCCGAUCGCCGGCCUCACUUGUCUGGUUCGGCGCAGGUGGUGCAGGAGACGAUAGACCCCAACGCGAAGAUAGAGUUCCGGCGGAACACCGAGGACGACCCGCACAAGAGGAAGCCCGACAUCGCCAAGGCGAAGGAGCUGCUGGGAUGGGAGCCCACCGUCACUCUCCGCCGCGGCCUACCCCUCAUGGUCUCCGACUUCCGCCGCCGCAUCUUCGGCGACCACGCCGGCGACGGAACGACGGCGUAG